AUGAAUACCAAAAAUCCAAUCUUUAUUACGAAUAUUAAAAAUGGAAGAUUCAUUUCAUUACUUAAAUCCUCCAGUAAAACCCCAUUAUCUUCUCACCAGUCUUUAACAAUACAAGAAAUUGAUCCAUCUUCACAUAUUGAUUUAUUAAAAAAAUCCCCAAAUGAUAAUAAUGGAUUAUAUAUAUUAGAUUUAAUUGAUCAAGGUUUAUUACAACUAAAUGCUAAAUUGUACACCCAAUUGCUUAAUAAAUGUACCCUAUUAGGUAAAAUUAAUGAAGGGAAAUUAGUUCAUUAUCAUUUUAACAAGUCAAGAUAUAAGCAUCUUGUUGUGAUACAGAAUUGUGUUUUGAAUAUGUAUGCGAAAUGCGAUUAUUUAGAUGAUGCACGUAAGGUGUUUGAUGAAAUGCCUGUGAAAGAUAUGGUGUCUUGGACUGCUAUGAUUACUGGGUAUUCUCAGAAUGAUAAGGCGGGUGAUGCGGUUAUGUUGUUUUCGGAGAUGCUUAGGGUUGGGUUGAAGCCGAAUGAGUUUACGUUUUCUAGUGUUUUGAAGGCGGCUGGGGCGAGAAGUGAUGAAAGGGAAGGGGAACAGGUUCAUGGGUAUUGUUUGAAGUACGGGUAUGAAUCGAAUGUUUAUGUUGGGAGUACGGUUUUGGAUUUGUAUUGUAGGUUUGGGAAGAUGAAAGAAGCGUAUUUUGUGUUUGAUCGGAUGUUGGAUAAGAAUGAGGUUUCGUGGAAUUCGUUGAUUGGUGCACAUGCUAGGAUGAAUGAGGGAGAUAAAGCGAUCCUGAUUUUUCGAAAGAUGCAAAGAGAGGAGUAUAAGCCGACUCAUUUUACUUAUACGAGCAUUUUUAGUUCUUGUGCGAGCACUGGGUCACUGGAGCAAGGGAAAUGGAUCCAUGCGCACUUGCUCAAAUCGGGUCUUAGGCUUAUUGCUUACGUUGGCAACACCCUUCUUGAUAUGUAUGCAAAAUCAGGUAGCUUUGAUGAUGCUAUACGUGUGUUUGAUAGGCUUGUUAAACCAGAUGUGGUUUCGUGGAACUCUAUGCUUAUUGCAUAUGCACAACACGGGUUAGGACUUAAAACACUAGAACUUUUUGAGAAAAUGAUGAAAACUGGAAUCAUACCAAAUGCGAUAACUUUUUUAUGUGUUCUCACUGCUUGUAGUCAUGGUGGACUCUUGGAGAAAGGUCAACAUUACUUUGAAAUGAUGAGAAAAUAUAAAAUAGAACCCGAAAUUUCUCAUUAUGCCACCAUGGUUGACUUGCUUGGUCGAGCCGGUCAACUUGAUCGUGCUGUAAGUUUCAUUAAAGAAAUGCCGAUUGAACCCACUGCAGCCUUAUGGGGUGCUUUGCUUGGUGCCUGUAGAAUCCAUAAAAAUAUGGAGUUAGGCACUUAUGCUGCUGAACGUGUGUUGGAACUUGAUCCUUAUGACUCAGGAACCCACAUUUUGCUUUAUAAUAUUUACGCAGCUGGUGGUAAAUGGAAUGAGGCAUCAAAAGUUAGAAAGUUUAUGAAAGAAAUUGGGGUUAAAAAGGAACCCGCUUGCAGUUGGGUGGAGAUCGAAAAUUCUGUACACAUGUUUGUGGCUAAUGAUGAAUUUCACCCAUUAAAAGAUGAGAUACAUAAAAUGUGGGAAAAGAUUGGUGAAAAAAUUAUGGAAAUUGGGUAUGUUCCGGACACCAGUCAUGUUGUUUUGUUUGUUGAUGAACAAGAAAGAGAAGCAAAGUUGCAAUAUCACAGUGAAAAACUUGCUUUGGCGUUUGCACUCUUAAAGACGCCACCAGGGUCUACCAUUAGGAUUAAGAAGAACAUCAGAGUGUGUGGUGAUUGUCAUUCUGCUUUCAAGUUUAUUUCACGGGUGGUUGACAGAGAGAUUAUUUUAAGAGACACAAAUCGUUUUCAUCAUUUUCAUCAAGGAUCUUGUUCUUGUGGUGAUUAUUGGUAGGUUUUAGAUUGGACCUGUAAACUUGUUUCAUGAGAUUCCUUUUUUCCUUAAAUUAUUGAUACUAAUUGCUGCGUAAGAUUUAUGUAUAGUCUCAUCAUCUCAGUUUUCUUACACUUAUCGCCGUAUUUGUUAUAUUCUUUUUUAGUGAAUAUAUAAAAGUUAAU